GAAAUGCGGUUUGCUGUGAAAUGGAUUUGUGUGUGUCGGUGUUACAGUUUUAGAAACGAGCGGAGGGACAACCAGAGAGACUCUGACAGUCAGGUACGGUUUUAUUUUAUUAAUGUAGACCAGUUUAUGUAACAGCUCUGAGUUACCGGUGAACUUUAGCGACAUUUGUGUCUCUUUCUGCGCCUUUUCAGUCACAUCUGUGAACUUGUUUACUGUCCGAAGUGUCGACCAGGCUAAUUCAAUAAAGCUGAUCAGGUUAAAAAAUAACAUGAAAACCACAAAAAGUAAAAGGAAGUAGAAGUAAAACCUUUGUAGAAGCUCAUAAAGUGUGUUCUGUGUGAAGUGCUGCAGGGAUUAUCUGAGAUUAUAGUCUGUAUAAUAAUCUCUUUUAUUGGGGAAGCAUCAUGUGAAAAGUGGUUCCUCAUUAAGGGCACACAUGACGCUUUAAGAUGCAAGCUCAGCUUUGUUCUGCCAUCUCAGUCUUCCUCCUCUACCCCCUCAGACACACAGAAACCAAGAGCCUCAUUGUUUUAGACUCAAAGACUCGCUUUCUAUUUCAGAUUUCCAGUUUUUUUUAGAACACGUGAAGGUGGUCGGCAGAGAGAAAGAGUCUGCAUGAGAACUGUUUUAGUUUUAAGUGUUUUUAUACAUCAAUUAUGUUGUGAAAUUAGUUUGAAAUGAGCAGCACUUUAGUUAAAGGAGGACGAUAAAGUACCGUAUCGAGUACCGUGUACCGUAUCGAACCGUAUCGUAACGUGACAUAGAUAGAGAACCGUAUUAUGGUGUGACAUCGAAUUUCAAAUAUUUGUAGUUCUAGUGUUACUGAAAUUUAAUAUUGGACCUGCAUGAUAUGAGAAAUACUCCAAAUACUGCGACAGUGAAAUGAUAACGACUCCCCAUUGAGGGCUGACAUAGAUCAAUAGCUUCAAUAACAGACCACAGCUAAUUAUUAGUCUGUCCUUAGUGUUGAACCCACAGCAGUGAAGUCCCCAGCUAACUGUUUUUGAUCAGCUGUUCUCAGAUGCCUGAAAAACGUAAACAAGGUCUCAUUAACGAUAAAAACAAUCACGGUGUAUCAGCCAACGUUAUAGUAACCAGUGGUGAGUGGUGGCUGGAGUCCCUGCAUGUGCAGCAGUGUAAUGUGAUUGUGUCAGUCUGUCCCCUCAUAACGCCGACAUGCAGACAGCAGAGAAGCAGGAGACAGAAGCUGCAUGUUUUUUUUUGCAUGACUAUUUUGGUGCAAAUAUUUAAAUAUUUAGCAGCCAAAAGGAAAAUCCGCUGAGUGUUAAUUAUGGACACAGACUAAGCUGCUCAUAACAGAAAUAAACAGAAUAAAUAAACUGACUUUAGGUUGGUGUGAAUCUCAAAGUCAUGACUGAAUCUGUUUAAAGUAAAGACCUGGUUCAUUCCCACACUGCUGCAACAUUACCCUAUCACUGUUGAUGUACAGUGGUGUUAAAGUGAGAGACGUUCAGUGAGCUCGUGUUACAUUCCUCAUCGUCUAACUGAUGAUGACAGAGCAGAUGGACUGUUAACUUUGUAAAGUGUUUGUUUAAAAAUAGAAGAAAAACCUUUAAAUUCAGACACAGAACAGAAAAAGAGGAAUAAAGACGUUUGAUUUCCAUUUGAAGACGACAUAUUUACUGACAGUUUUUGCAUGUAUCUCCUCUCUAAACCAGAUCAGUCUCAGCAGAUGACGGUCUAACAUCAGUCUGGUUCUGCUCAAAGUUUCUGCCUGUUAAAAGAAGUUGGGAUGGGGGUGGGUCUGGUCUCCCAGGAUGGGCCUCAGUCUGAUCCCAUCUUGGGUAAAUCUAAGUCUGGUCUAGAUCAGCUUUUUUGUGAAGCAUCUGCAGAUAAAGUGUGUUGUGAAUUAGUGCGUUAUAAAUGACGAUUAAUUGACUGAAUGUGGAUUUUUAUUUAAUUAAGUGGAUAAAGUUCAGGGUGAAAAACAUCGAUGAAGGAGCUGUGAACGUAGAGAGAGAUGACGUUGAUCUUAAUCCAGAGCUGGACACAGCUCAUGGAAAUAGACGGUUGAGGGUUAAACUGAAGUUAUUGUUGUUAAUGUUUCCAGAAUGAUGUGAUAAAAUAAACUCUAACUCUGCAGCAUCACAGGAUCUGGAUUACUGAGCUGAUCUCUUCCAGCUGCGGCACUGAAGUCAGUCCAGAACAUGGCUUUCCAAGAAACAGCCUCUCCUUUCCUGUUUGGACCAGAACCAGUGAGUUUGAUCCAAGAAUAAAGCAGAACUAUUUGAUCGUCUCUGAUAUUCACGCCGUGUUCUCCCUCUUCUCUUUCAGCUCGCUGUUUAACACUUCCUGUCUUUGCUGGUCUUCACGUUCCCUCCUCUCUUCACUCUCUGAGCUCCGUCUGUGAACAUGGAUAACUCGGUGCCCGUCCAGCCUAGCCUUAACUCCGCCUACUUCACCCCGGCGGUUGGAAACCACCAUGUAUCUGAUGACGAGGACAGCGAGGACACGACUCCCACUGCGUCCCUCCUGCCCAAACACUCCUCGGUGCCUCUGCCGGUCCGUUACAGCCCCGAGGACUCUUACUGUCUGGUCUACUGGAUCUUCUUCCUGCUGGGCAUCGGCUCUCUGCUGCCCUGGAACUUCUUCAUAACCGCCAAACACUACUGGAUCUACAAACUCAGCAACAACACUAACGAGGAUGGCAACGAGGAGCGGCGCUCAGACCUCAGCGUGAGUGUGGGGGGAGACAAAAUCACAGUUACGCUUCUCUGUUUGCUUCGUACGGAUCUGUGAAGGUCCUGACAGCGAUGUGAAGACUGAGCGUCCUUUCACCUCUGACAGGAAUCAAUUAUAAAGCGUUAAGUUAUGCAAAAAGAGCGUGUAAGAGAGAGGUUAGGUCAGGAUAACGAAGGAAGAGCCGACGGAUAAAACAGGCGAGUGUCACAGAGACGGAAAUGAUCUGUGUCCUCGAGUGAAAAAUGAGGAAUAAUCAGAGUUUGACAGAGUCAGCUCUGAACUCUGUGAGUUUCUGUCCUAAAAGCUGACUUUUAUUUUUUGACUGAAAACAAAGGAAGCAGAAAAAAAUCCUCUGAUUUUCAUCUCCUCUCACUUCCUCUAAAUUAACAUGCAGAUCUGUUCCAGAGCGUGUCUUAAAAACUGUUUUUCUGUCUCUUUCUGCAGGAUUACUUUGAGAGUUAUCUGACCAUCGCCUCCACGGUGCCGUCUGUGCUGUGUCUGAUACUCAACUACUUCUUAGUGAACAGGUAACAACACCGUCAUUCAAACACAGACGACAAAUUACUCCACUUUUAUUCCUCUGCAGAGUCCCAAACAUUCUUGAACAUGAUAUUUGGAGCUUUUUAAAGGAUGUUAAAGGAAAAUUCUGGUGUUUUUGAGGUGAUUUUUUUAUGAGCUUUGGUGUCGGUUCAGUUUCUCACGAGCUGAGCGGCAUCACGUCAGAAAUUCUGGAAUAUCCCUUUAAGAUAUUCAGAUUACAGUCGUAUAACUGAUCCUGUGACUUUAAAUGAUGUCUUUAACUGUGUCCUCUCCGGACUUUGACCCGUCUGUGCUGGACUGUGAUAAAAUAGAGCAGAGGUUUGGAUCUUUAACGUCUUUCUGGAAACAUGAGGACUCUCAUCUGGAAUCUCAUUUUGACGUAAACUCUGUCUAACCCUCGUCUGUCUGUCCGUCUCUGUGAUGUCGGCAGGUUGUCUUCUCACGUGCGCAUCCUCACGUCUCUCUUCGUGAUCCUGGCCGUCUUCAUUUUGACCACGGUGCUGGUGAAGAUCGACGUGUCGGGCUGCAGGACGGAGUUCUUCGUCGGUACUCUGGCCAGCGUGGCCGUCGUCAGCGGAGCCUCGAACCUUUUCGCCGGCAGCGUGUUCGGGAUAAGCGGACAUUUCCCCAUGAGGGUUUCCCAGGCGCUCAUUUCAGGUACAGUCUCCACUCAGGUGAGCAGUCUCUGUGGUUUUGAACACCAGGUGAGCUGAGGUCUCCUCUCCUCUCAGGUCAGGCCAUGGGGGGCACACUGAGCGCUGUAGCUUCAAUCGUGGACCUGGCGGUGGCGAAGGAUGUGAAAGAGAGCGCCCUGGCUUACUUCCUGACAGCUGACGUCUUCAUCCUCCUCUGCAUCAUCACUUACCUGCUGCUGCCCAAGCUGGCUUACUCAAGGUAGGUCACCUGGUGGUCGUCUGGUCCCCACAUGACAGAUUAUCACAGACUUGAUUCAUGUUAUUUAACAUGAGGAUGUUCAUCUAAAUUUGUCUCUUUCUGGGUCUAAAUACUGGAUCAGUCAGUGUAGUUCUCGACAUGGCCACAGGCGGGUGCUAAAGUCAAAUUUACAUGUUUUAAAACUGUGUCGGGAUCCUGUUUCGAUCAGUCCGGUUCUUCUAAAACCUUCUGCAUACUCUCUUCUUCUUCUUCUUCUUCCUUCAGGUACUACAUGCUCGCAGCGUCGAGCAGUCCUGGAUUGAUGGACGAUGGCGGAACCGUGGAAAGCUCAGGGGGCGGAGACUCCAUCCCGCCUCUGCAGCCCAUCCUGAGGAAGACGUGGGUGCUCGGCCUGUGCGUCUUCUACGUCUUCUUCGUCUCCAUCAUGGUGUUUCCUGCGAUCUCCUCUGGGAUCCAGUCGGUGCACAAAGACAGCGGCAGCCCCUGGACCACCACCUACUUCGUGCCCCUCACCAGCUUCCUGCUCUACAACGUGGCGGACUUCUGCGGCAGACAGGCCACAGCCUGGCUGCAGAUCCCUGGUCCCACCAGCAGAGUCCUUCCUGUUCUGGUGGUGUGUCGCUCCGUCAUGGUGCCGCUCAUCAUGUUCUGUAACUACCAGCCCAGAGACCACAUCCACACUGUGUUCUUCACCCACGACGUCUUCCCUGUGGUUUUUAACUGCCUCCUGGGCCUCUCAAACGGAUACCUGGGUACUCUGCCCAUGAUCUAUGGUCCUAAGGUGGUUCCUCGAGAGCUGGCCGAGGCCACAGGGGUGGUCAUGUCCUUCUUCCUCACUCUGGGGCUGGCUGUGGGCUCUGCUUUCUCUGUGCUCAUCGUGCAUUUAAUCUGAGCGGACCAUAGAGCAGUGAACUUGGAAUAAACAGAAGUUCAGAUGAACUAAACACAGACCAGCGCCGGAAGAGCCAGUCUUCUUCUUCAAUGAGGGAAACGUGCUGCUAAUGAGCUUUAUAUCUGAUUUAUAUCUCCUUUAUUAACCUGCGUAUUCAGGUGCUCCUCACACGUUUCAGCUCCCACAGUGGGAGGCCACUGGGACAAUCAGAACUGAUCCAGAUCCUGUUUACGGAUUCAGAGGUACCAGUCAUGAGGCACAUUUAUAUAAAACAAAAAGUUCUUCUUUUGUAAACAUCCUUUUUUAUUCCAUUUAAAGAACUUAAACAGAAAGUUUGUAAGUUUCUGUUCUGAUUGAAGAGUUAGCUCUGGAGGACUCUCACAUUCAGAAUCUGGUUUCCAUGAUUCCAUCUCUAAAUAAAUGCAGGGUAAAAACGUCUGUUUACACUAAUCCAGGUUUCGUUGUGGGGAACUUUUGCUUGAACUAAAACGUUUUUUUCUGAAAAUGUUGCAAACCAAACAUUUUGUACCAGUACCUGGUGUAAUGAGGGUUUAAUCUGUGCCAAAUUCAUUAGUGUGAUGGGGAGGGAUUUUUGAUGGAGUGAUGGAGUAUGAAGUUUGGUACAGAGGCCAAAGAAACAGUUAAAAAUGUGUUUUUGAUCAGUGAAAACCUUUAACCUUUCAGACCUUAUAAACCGAGUAUUUCCGGUCAGAACUCUGUCUAUUAUUAAUUAUAGUUGUGUAUCUUUAUAAGUCGGCCCUCCUAUAGAUGUUAAGCAGGAAAAUGUGUUGCAGGAUGUUUUAAUCUGCAUACUUCAUGUAACUUUUGGACUUGAGUUUUGUAUUUUAAGUGUUGCACAAUAAAAGUUCAUUGAAUGGUACAACAAUAAUGUCAUAGUAAAGAAUGCUCAAAAAUGUCACUGUGAAGUUUGAUAAAAAUGUCAUAAAAUAGUAUGUUAUAAAUAUAAUAUAAAAAUAUGAUAAAAUAUAUUUUCGUUUGAAAAAAUUUUAUCUUUUGCUUUAAAUGGAAAUGUCAUAGGUAAAGUAAAGUAUGACAAAAAUGUCAUAGUAUAGAAUGUUAAAAAUUUCAUAUUCUAGUAUGAAAAAUGUCAUAGUAUAGUAUGAUAAAAAUGUCGUACUGUAGAAUGUUAAAAUAGUAUGAUAAAAAUUUAAUGGUGAAGUAUGUUAAAAUUUGAGUGUAAGAAGUAAAAAAUCCUAUAUAA